GACAAACAGUUUGCACUGCACAGAGUAAAGAUCACUGUACAUAAAUCAAUGUUUCUAGAGUUAUACUUAAAAAGUGGCAAUUAUGGUGAACUCUGAAAACCAAGGAAAGGAGACAUACAAUGAAUUAGAGUCUCAAGUUGAUUUCACCGGAGAUGUUCAGCCUCUAUAUUCAAAGAUGACCCGGUUUACUGUCAGUGAUGAACUGAGCUCUAGGCCUUAUCGACUGGUAGCUAUAGUUCUGGGGGUCGUAAGUGCUGCAUUUCUUUUUGCUGUAAUUGGACUAAGUGUUCACAUUAAUAGGAUGAGUGACAAACAUGGCAUCUUGUCUCUCAACUCAUCAAUAAUCAGCUCUCAACUUGCCCGGCUGGAGUCAGACCACAAAAGCCUGACUGAGUCCAAAAAUGCACUUCAGAACAAACAUGAUGAAGACGUAAAACUGAUGAAAUCCCUGCAGAUAAAUUUAAGCAGAGAAAUAAGAUUGAAGAAUGAACUGAACUUGCAAAAACAAAAAUUAGAAGUAGACAAAAGAAAAAUGCAAUCUCAAAUUUCAAAUCUUGAAGAACACUGUGGCAAGUGCUUACCCAACUGGGUGCUGAUGAACAGCACAUGUUUUUACUUUGCUGUGUCUUCAACAACUCCACGCAGAGGCUGGAAUGCAGGCAGGGAUGAAUGCAAGAAAAAAGGAGCUGACUUAGUCAUCAUAGACUCAAAGGAGAAACAGGAGUUCAUCGUAGAGACCUUAAAAGCACUUCGGUACAACCUACCAUUCAGUUAUUCUAAUGGAUUUUGGAUCGGGUUGAAGGAUGACCAUACAGAAGGGCUCUGGAAAUGGCUGAAUGAGACAACACUGACAGAAGGGUACUGGAUGGACGGGGAGCCAAAUGAUGAUUUGACUAUAGAGGAUUGCGCAGCUGUGUAUCCCACCAAUAAUCCAAUGAAGGCCUGGAAUGAUGCACCAUGUUCACACCCACUAAAAUGGAUCUGUGAGAAGGAAAUAGAUAAAACACUCUAGAAUCCUCAAUUAACCUUUUUUUUGUUUUGUUUUGUUUUUGCCUGUUAGUAACAGCUAAUAAUUCAUCAAAGACUAAAUAAUAUUCUGAAUUUUUUUUAAGUAACCAAUUCCUUUGCUCACUCACUCACUCUCUCACACAGAACUGUUGCACUUAGUAAUGUAAUUAAAUUGAUAUUAUAAAAAAUCUAAAA